UGAACUACUUGUCGGGAGAUUAAUUAAAUGUUUUAAUAAGAUUUGAAAAGGAGGUAUACUUGCUUUUGUCUGAGAGGAAUCAAUCAAACAUUGAAUUCAUUUUGGAAAAAAAAUUGUCAGAAUCUUCAGCCGGGAAUUGUUUGAGAGGAAACAAUCAGCUUUUUUUUUGUAUUCAUUUUGGAGGAGGUAUCAUCAUCAACCAGCAGUAUGUUUAUUUUGUUGGCUGUGUUCCUGAAUCUGUUCCACCGGAGCGAAGGGGAAACCUGCGCCCCUUCUUCGUGCGGCCAUAUCGGCGACAUUCAUUACCCUCUCAGGCUCAGUACCGACCCAGAGCACUGCGGUGAUGGGAAUCAUACCCUGUUCUGUGAAAACAAUAAUGCUACGGUGCUCUAUCUCUACUCCUGGAAGUUCAAUGUCCGCUCAAUCAAUUACACCGCCUCCACAAUCAGAGUCUCAGAUGUCGGUGUUCGUGAAGGCGAUUGCUCCUCCUUCCCAAUUUCUUCUCUCAGCGAAGUAUUGGUUGAAAAAUACGAUCCUUAUGAUCUUGGAAUCCUGACGGAAACUAUGGUCUUAGUGAGCUGCCCGGUUCCAUUGAACUCAUCACAUAUGUUUGACACCUCUCCUUUCCUUACCCGGGGAAAGUAUUCAUACCUAGCUUCUUACUUCCGAACGUUAAGUGAUUUGAAGGACCAGUGCAGCAUAGAGAAUUCAGUUAUGGUACCUUUCGGAAGUGAUUAUAAGUCGUAUGAAGAAGUUCAUCAGGGUUUUGUUUCUGGCUUUGAUAUCUCCUGGGAUACUAGUCCGUACAGUGGAGCUCCCCCUUCAGUAUAUAUGUGUGAACUUCACGGCUGGUUUGCAUUGGGGGAUGAUGAUGAUUCCUGCAGGAAAGUUGUUUUUUUCUCUGUUCAAUGAAGAUCAUAGAAACGUUGGAGGCAUAAUCAUCGAAAUAUGGAAGACUUUAAAGGGAUCAUAUUUGGAUAUAAUCUAUAUGAUUGGUCUCCUUCUAGCAACAAAGGCAGCAAUAGGUGCUCCAUUUAUGAUUGCGCUGCUGAUCUACACAUGGGGAAGGAGACAUUUAUCAGCUUAUGACAAAGUAGAAGACUUCCUGAAGAACCAUAACAACCUCAUGCCUAUAAGGUAUUCUUAUGCGGAGAUUAAGAAGAUGACAGGGGGGUUUAAGGAGACGUUAGGAAAAGGAGGCUUUGGUGCAGUAUAUAAGGGAAAGCUCCGUAGUGGUCAUUUUGCUGCUGUAAAAAUGUUAUUGAACUCAAAAGGCAACGGAGAAGAUUUCAUUAGCGAAGUUGCAACUAUUGAAAGAAUUCAUCAUGUUAAUGUGGUGCAGCUGAUUGGUUUUUGUGUGGAGGGGUGUAAGCGUGCUCUUGUGUAUGAGUUCAUGCCAAACGGCUCUCUCGAUAAAUAUUUAUUGUCUCAAGAAGGAUUAACAUCAACAAUGACAUGGGAGGAAAUGUUUCGGAUCUCUGUAGGGGUUGCUCGUGGCAUUCAGUAUCUACAUCAAGGCUGUGAUAUGCAAAUUCUUCAUUUUGAUAUCAAGCCCCAUAACAUUCUGCUUGAUGAAAAUUUCACCCCAAAAGUAUCAGACUUUGGACUUGCAAAGUUGUACUCAAAGGCCAACAACAGUAUUGCAACAAUGACUGCAGCAAGGGGAACGAUUGGAUACAUGGCACCAGAACUGUUCUAUAAGAAUAUUGGACGGGUCUCACACAAAGCAGAUGUAUAUGGCUUCGGGAUGUUAUUAUUAGACAUGGCUGGAAAGCGGAAUAAAUUGAAUAUAUCAACAGAAGAUUCAAGCCAGUACUUCCCGCAAUGGGUUUACAACCAAGUUUCUGAUGGAAGAAAUGCUGAGAUUGGAGGCACUACAGAGGAAGACAAUAAAAUAGCUAAAAAGAUGGUUAUUGUUGGGUUAUGGUGUAUUGAGAUGAAUCCUUGUAAUCGGCCAUCCAUGAACAAAGUUGUGGACAUGCUCAAUGAUGACUUGGACAGUCUGCAGUUGCCUCCAAGAGCUGUUCCGGAACCUAUAGAUGUAUUUGUGAAUGAUGACACAAAUACUUCAUUCGACUAUGCCACAGAUUCGAGCAGUUUGAUUUCAAAAUUUAAGCAACAAGUUAGUGGUAGUACAUGAACCGCUUGGUAGUACUAUGGAAACAAUUGGUAUCUAAUUCCAAUAAUGUGGUUUUUGAAUGAAUAAUCGACUAGAAUUGUAAUGUGAUGCCUAUUAUGAAUGUUUGUUUUGACUUUUUAAUUGUUAUACAUGCAGUAGAAAACUUCUAGUAUUCUUUCUGAGAUUUUAUUCGGUGGAUUUGAUG